AUGUCCACCUUUAAGAGCCUCGAAGAUUUCCACAUCCCAGUUCGCCAGAUAUGUGCUCCGCCCGAGCCGAAAAAUAAGAUGAUUGAGCUCAUUCAAGUUCCGCUCACUCCGAGGACUGAAGCCAUCAAUAGGAAGGCUAUUGAAAGGCUUAGCGCGCCAAAUUUGGGUAACAAGAACGUCAAAGCAGAAGCUAUCACCACGAAGCAAAGCGACCAUCCCUACACUAAGAAGCUAAACGCUAUGUAUGCUCGAAGUGUACAUUUUGCCGACCGUGCAGCACAAAGAAGAGAGGAAUGGUUCGCAAAAAUAUUCCGCAACGCAGACCAUAAGAAGAACGUAACCAUUUCGAAAAUGGAAGGAGACCCGAAAAGACCGCUCACCGAUCUCCUCGAAUCCGCCCUGAAAGAGAACCUCCAGUUUGACAAAGUCCAACCUUCGAGGGAAGAGACUAAGAAAUCAGAUGGCGAGUUCCAGAACUCGGCCUCAAUCCCGACCCUGUUCCAAUCACAAACUUCAACCUCAAUCCGGACAUCGCUCGUGGAUUUGCCUGCAAAUAUCCUUCUGAGCUUUCCACUGAGUUACAAGCCGAUGUUCCUGCUGAGCUUGACAGUAAUGCGCUUCAUGAACUAUCUGGCGACCAAGGAUAGAGCGUGGCUGAAAAUUUCAAAUAAAUGA